AAGAGCUUAGGUUUUUGGCAUUAGCACGAACGGUACGCACGUAGCUGUUUUUCUCCAUUAUAGGUAUCCUCCAAGGGCUUGUGCAUUAAGCGUCUUGAGCUUGUUCUAUUCGCACCUGCUUAAGUACACGCUUUUCGAAGCCAUUCGCCAAUAAACAUAUUCACAUCAUCGAGAAUAAAAGAUAACAGUUGCUACAUUAUUAUCUAAAAAUGUCUGGAGAACAGCAGCAAUUUUUUCUCAAAUGGAAUGAUUUCCAAUCUAAUAUGGUUUCUUCCUUUAAACACUUAAGAGACGAGAAAAGUUUUACAGAUGUAACGCUAGCUUGCGAUGGACAGACAUGUAAAGCACACAAAAUGGUCUUAUCAGCAUGUAGUCCAUAUUUCAAGUCGUUAUUAGAGGAGAAUCCGUCCAAACACCCUAUAAUCAUUUUAAAGGAUGUAGCAUAUAGUCACCUUCAGGCAAUUUUAGAAUUUAUGUAUGCAGGGGAGGUUAAUGUAUCGCAAGAUCAGUUGCCAGCAUUUUUAAAAACGGCGGAUCGAUUAAAAGUUAAGGGAUUAGCAGAAGCUCCAGGUGCCAUUAAAAGAGAAGGUUAAACUCAUUAUGUAUUUGUUCCGAUAUUUAAAAAGCGUGCAGACUGAAAACAAAAGUGUAAUGUUAUAAAGUGAUGGCAUUGACAACACACGUAUAUGAACACCAAACAAUCUAAAACACAUUCGCACUAGAUAUAAAAGCCUCUGGUUCUUGACUAGGAUCAACACAACUACUAACCUAAAGCAAGUAAUUGGAUAUGAUUUUUUUCAUUUUAACAAUCUCAAAAAUUAAACUGUAACAGCAUUUAAGCCGCUUGUUGAUGUUCGUCUUGAACCCAAUAACACUAGAAUCACAGUAAUUAUAUUUUUUAAAGAAAUACUACAAAAAUACAAUAAUACUAAUAAUUAUAGUAAAAGGUUUAGAUAAUAACGUGGUUGGCCAGGUAACUUCUGAAAAUUCUUGUAACAAACAGUAUUAUUGCUUUCAUUUUUGUCAAGAUAAUAUGCCAUAUAUAACAAUUUUUAUUUUUCUGGAACAAUUUCAAUUAAUUCUACUAAAUUAUGUUAAUAAAUUCGCAAUAUUUUUUCAAUACUAAUUGAUAUCUUAGAAGUUCAAACGCCUGGCUAACAGUUGAUACAAUUUCACUGACGCGCUUGUUGCAAGCUGUAACGCUAUUUUCUAUAUUAAAACUUCUGUGAUUCUCUUUAAGCUUUAUUCAUUAUUUAUAAAAGAAUAACUGAAUAUCCUCGGUUGAGCGUUAUAGUUUUCAAUAAAAGCGAUUUUGUAACCAAAUACUGCCAGUAUUUUUAUUGGCGUAUUCAUAUUAUUACCUAUAGACCAAAUUUAUUUAUGAUAAUAUAUAAAAUGUUGAUUGUCCUGAACCGAGGGAAGUGAAUAUUAUUGUAACAUAACGAUAAUUGAAAAAUUUUGUAAAGCCGGAGCGCACAGUUCCUUUUUCCUCCUAAAUAAACAGGACCACUGUAGAGAAAAAGAAAACCAUUGUGAAGUACAUAUUGAGGGAAAAUAGAAAAACUAAGACGAAAUGAAAAUGUACGCCGUUCUGUCACGUAUAGAUUUUUGAAAAUGUAUCUUUAUCAUAAAAACAUUUUAAGAUAAUUAUUUGAACAUUCUAUUUUAUAAUAUUUUUUUAUACUUGUAUAUGAUUAUGGAUUUGCUAUCAAAGCAAAUAACUUACUUUUUGCAAAUAGCAUUCGAGAUGUAGAGAAUUGGCAUGUAUAGAAAGAGAAAUACAAUGUAAAAAGCAUCUCGUUUCUUUAAUUUACUUUUAAUGAACUUUUAUUAAUGGAAAUCGUAUGUGGAUUUAUUUGAAUAAAUUAAAGUUGUAGUAGGUGUACUUCAUUAAUACAGCUGAGGUGAUUAAUUAGACGAUACGUAUAUUUAUACAACAAAAACUUUGCUUGUGUAUUAUGGUCGAUAGUUUAUAAUAAUUGAAGUUAUAUUUUAUCAAUUUUGAUUUUACGUAUCGUCUUUUUUGUCAAAUGAAAGUGGAAUACGAACUUGAGUAUUUUUAUGUAAAUGACAAUUUUCAAUUCAUAUUGAUAUCGUUUAAGUAUAAAUUAAAGAACUGGUUUCACUUUAAUAGAUAAACUUGAAAAUUGUCAUCUAAUAGAAUUGGUUAUAAUAAAUGUAUUUUGAAAGCAAAUUGUUUUAUAAGAAUAUUCGUCUAUUACUUUUCAAAAAUAAUCAUUAUAUUUUGUACUUUUAAAUUGAAUCUUAUGAAAUUGAAAAAGUUUUUAUGAAAGUUUUUUUUUAAUGUUCUACACUCUUAGAUUUGUACGAACUCUACACAGUAAUUUGUCAAAUUAGUGUUACUUUUGCUACCGAUUAUAUGACUUGAUGACAAUUAUAAGUAUCGUAUAAAAAUGUUGACAUAUAAAAUAAAUUGUGUAAAUACAUAUAAAUAAUAACAUUUUUUUUACUCUACUAUGACCUAUUGAUCAAGUUUAAUAUUAGGUAUAGAUAAUGCUAAUACCAAUGAUUAGAGAAGAUUUAUAUGGGAAAUAAUUUCAAAACAAUUGAAAAAAGCCAAGGGAACCUUCUCUUAAUUAAU